UCGCCUGCUUAAACUUUGUGCUUUCAGUUUUAACGUGUCACAGGAGUUUGUUUAGUGUUUGGUUGCAUAUCGCUCAAUCAUGGUAGAAGUCCUUCCUGGUAACGAUACAAUUAGGUCCACCUGGCAGUACCUCUUUGUUGAGGCAGCAGAUCCAAGAACGUCAGGAUGGCUUCUUAUGGGCAAUCCAAUUCCAGUAGUCUCAAUUCUGUUUGCAUAUUUGUAUUUUGUGCUAAAAUGUGGUCCAAAUUAUAUGAAGGAUAAGCAACCUUACUCUCUCAAAAGAAUUAUGAUGGUGUAUAAUUUAUUACAAGUGGCUGCUAAUGUAUAUCUUUUCAACGAGGCUAUUUAUAUGUGGUCGAGGUUCGACUGGAAUUGCCAGCCCUUGGAUUUGACGACAUCAGCUUUUGCUAUGAGGCAAUCGUGGGGUUGUUAUUUAUACUUUUUGAAUAAAAUCUCGGACUUGUUGGACACUGUGUUUUUUGUACUAAGAAAAAAAAACAAACAAAUAUCCUUCCUGCAUCUGUUCCACCACACAAUGAUGCCAUUUGUGACAUGGAUUAUGGUAAAAUACUUUCCAGGAGGACACAUAACUUUUAUAGGUCUAGCGAAUACUUUUGUUCAUAUUUUGUUAUAUGGCUAUUAUUACUUAGCAGCAUUAGGUCCCAAUAUUCAAAAAUAUUUGUGGUGGAAGAAAUAUAUUACAAGACUUCAACUGAUUCAGUUCUGUUUGGUGUUCAUUCACAACACCCAACUAUUAGUAUUCGACUGCGACUUUCCAAAAUGGACUGUAUUGUUAACACUGCCAAAUGCCAUUUUCUUCUAUUACUUGUUCAAUGACUUUUAUAAGCAAAGCUAUGAUGCGCCGAAAAAAGAUGACAAACAAAAAGAGAAGAUUAAAAGUAAAUAAUAUGUACUUAUGAAUUUAUUACAUUUUUCACUUUUCUAUAAGGUAAUCCAGCUUUAUAAGCUCUUCAACGUUAUUUUUAUACUAAUGCCGAUUCUCAUAUAGAAAGCAACCAGGAAAAUACGACUUCAAUAAUCAUUUGCGUGUAUUAUGUUAUACCAUAUCGUUCUCCGUUUUCAUCUAGUCUAGGCAUAGCGACGCCGAAUGACGUUUCAGAUGAGAAUCGGCAUUAUGGUAAUGGAUGCUCAAAAUAUGAAAUGUGAAGUUUAAUAAAUCAUGUUUUUAUUUCUUAACAAAGUAUUUUAUUUCAUAUAGACGUUUAUUUUAGACUUUACAUAGAACAGUUUCGGCUAAAUAAUAAAGGUAUUUAUCCUUCAUUUCAUUCAAAUAGAGCUAUAGAGUGACAACAAAACAAGCUCAAGUCCACCGUGAAGGUAUCCCAAGCAAACAAAUAAUACAAACUGAAAAUGAGGAAAUUCGCAAAACUGAAAGACUUAUCACCCAGGUUUUGGAGGCGGAGGAAGGCCACAAACAAGACAUGCUUGGUUUUUAUGCUCAGAUUUUGUACUCACUGGAUAUAAAUAUAGUGUUAUAUUUUUCCAGUAUUCUGAAUAUAUAAAAUAUUCAAUAAUUUUCGGAAACCUACAAGAGACUAAACUGGCUUGCAAUCCCAGCCAGGGCUUUAAAAUCCGCAAUAAUGUAAGAGUUUGAAAGGCUUUUUCUAGAAGAAGCAUUUGUGAAAUGUAGGUACCUAGUAAUGUCUUCAAAUUGUCCUACUAUUGAUUGUUGCUUCUGCAAAGUGCAUUAGAAAAAUACAAAAAAUGAUAAAAUCAGAUCAGAUUUGAUUUAAGGAUUUCGAAAAAGUUUGUGUUUCAAGAGGGCAGGGCGUACUUAAUAUAAGCAAACUGAAAAAUAUAGUGAUUUUUAUAUAUGUUAAGACUGACUGAAAAGAGAAACCGAAAUUCAUUCUAUUGACAAUAAAGACUAAUUUUAUAUUAAUUUAUUCAAAACGAAACAAUCAUCAUUUUUUCUACGACUCAUUGAUUAGGUUCAUUUCAAAUAGUUUUUUGCUGAGAACACAAAAUUGCAAAUAUCGCAUAUUGUUUCCCACUUAGCAAUUUAAACUAGUCAGUAACCUAUCACCUAUGGUUUUACACAAUAGCAUGACGAAAUUUCACAAAAAUCACAUUUUUUUAUGUCGAAUUGGCAAUUGUAGGUACAAAAAUUGAUAGAUCCAACAAAAAUUUUCUAGGAAAUAGGAAAUAAACUAUAUCGCAUAUUAUUAAACAAAGUUAAAAUGAAACAACUACUUAAAUAAAAAUAAUAACUAAAUCGGUAUUUCAUCCACCAUAAUUAAAUUUUUAGAUAAAAUUCACUAAUGGAACUGUAAAGAUAAGUAUGUAAGUAUAUGUAACUAAGUGAAAAAUGCAAAUUUCCAUUAGCGGAUUUUAAUAGUCACAAUUUUAUUAUGGCGAAAAAAAAAGUUUUUACAAUAUCAUCAAAAAUCAAAAGUUAUGAUAAUGAGAAAUCACAAAAUAUUGCAGAAGAAAUCAAGUCGUUAGUGAUGUAAUUCCUUUUCUGUAUUAUGUAUUUUUACUUUUUGAUGUAACAUUUGAUUUUUGAUAGUACUAUAGGUAAUCUCUACCAAAAUCACAAAAAUCAAUAUAAGUGCUAAGAGAAGUAAUUCAGACAACUUCUAGCCCUUUUUCUUGUUAUACAGAUCUUUAGGCAACGAAAUGAUGUUAUCGGCCGUCUUUUCUUUGACUCUAUAUGUCGCUAUUCCAUAUUCUAUGGGAAGUUGUUCAUUGGCA